AUGUCACGCCCCGAGGAUAUCUUACCGCCGGAUCUCUUCUACGAUGACAAUGAAUCCCGAAAAUAUACCACCUCUUCGCGUAUCCGUAACAUUCAAGCUGAUAUGACGAAUCGAGCGCUUGACCUUCUCGACCUUCGAUCUCCAUCGCUCAUUCUGGAUAUUGGCUGCGGAUCAGGGCUUUCUGGUGAGAUUCUCUCACAAGUGCCCGCAGAACAGGGUGGACCACAUACUUGGAUUGGGAUGGAUAUUUCGCCCAGCAUGCUUGAUGUCGCGCUCCAACGGGACGUAGAUGGUGAUUUGUUCCUGGCCGAUAUCGGCCAAGGAGUGCCGUUCCGACCUGGCUCGUUUGAUGCAGCCAUUAGUAUCAGUGCCAUACAAUGGCUCUGUAAUGCUGAAACAAGUGAUGUUAGUCCAGAAGGGCGUUUACGCCGAUUUUUCGAAGGUUUAUAUGCCAGUCUUCGACGUGGGGGCCGUGCCGUCUGUCAAUUUUACCCAAAGAAUGAUGCGCAACGGAGCAUGAUCAGUGGCGCGGCCAUAAGGGCUGGUUUCGGGGCUGGCAUCCUGGAAGAUGAUCCCGGUACAAAGAAUAGUAAACUGUAUCUUGUUCUGACCGUUGGAGGGGGUGGUUUGCAAGGUGACAUUACAGGUGUUGUACAAGAUAUGGAUGACAUCAAUGUCUUGGACGUUAGGAGAAAGUCCACGGACACCAGCAAGAUAUCACCUUCCAGGAAAGGUGAUAGGGCUUGGAUACUGCGGAAAAAGGAGCAGAUGACACGGAAAGGCAAGAUCGUAAAAGCUAAUUCCAAAUAUACUGGCAGGAAACGGCGCCCCGCUUUCUGA